AUGCGGCUGUUUCAUGCUCUUGCCUCUUACCAUCUGCUAGCAACAAGUCUUGUAGCUGCUGUUCCCCUCGAUUCACAGCCGGCUUCGACUAUCAACAUAGAUCCGACCAUUGCACCCCUCGAAGCUCUUGCUCAACUGCAGCAACAUGCCUAUGAAACGCUCAAACAGCGUGAGAGUAUCUCCAAAAGGGAUUCUAAAGGCUGCUCUCUAGCUACUGCAACCAUACGGAAAGGCUGGCAAAAGGACCGAAAGGCCUACAUCGAAGCAGUACAAUGUCUUCGACGAUUGCCUCCCAAGUCUGACCCGUCCUGGGCCCCAGCAGCAAAGACUCGCUUCGAUGAUUUCGUCGCCAUUCACGUGAACCAAACUUUGUACAUACAUGGAAAUGGACCCUUCCUUACCUGGCAUCGCUACUUUGUAUGGGCCUAUGAACAAGCUCUUCGAAACGAAUGUGGAUAUAAAGGCUACCAACCCUACUGGGACUGGUUUGCAAAUGCCGAUAACAUCUACGGGUCCCCCGUUUUUGACGGGAAUGAUACCAGUUUGGGUGGUGACGGCGAAUUCUUUGCACAUAACGGAAGUCUUGCUGGCGGUCGAUUGAUACCAAUUCCCUCUGGAAAAGGGGGUGGGUGUGUCAAGAGCGGUCCUUUCAAAAAUACGCAAGCAAACAUUGGUCCCAUCUCGCCUGGAAUGCAAGGCUUGACUGAUCUGGCGACUGGCAUUACCGACUACAACCCCCACUGCCUGCGCCGAGAUCUCAGUCCCUACAUACCCCAGAAGUGGUUCACCACGGAGAAUCUGCUGAAUGUAACCAUCGGUGCAGGAUCCGUAACGCAUCCCAUUUUCUGGCAGGAAAUUCUGGGUCGGUAUACAGACGGGUUCUUAGGACUGCACGCCUCAGGACAUUACACCAUGGGCGGAGACGCAACAGAUCUCUACUCCUCUGUCAACGACCCUGCCUUUUACCUCCAUCACACGAUGCUUGACCGCAUUUAUUGGAUCUGGCAGGUUCUCCACCCGGCUGAGGCAAACAAAGUGACUGGUACCUUGACGCUGCAGAACAAGCCCCCAACGCGCAACGCUACCAUCGAUGAGCCAUUGGAUAUGGGAAUCAACGGUGAGACGUUGAGGAUUAGGGAUAUGUUCGAUACGCUAGGUGGUACUCCUCUAUGCUACAUCUACCUUUGA